AGUACCUACAAAACAAACAGGUACAGGCUUCCACUGCUUGAUUUUGUUGGGGUGACACCAACUGGGAUGACAUUCUCUGCCGAUUUUGCAUAUCUGGAGGGUGAACGUCUUAAUAAUGUGGUUUGAGCUUUAGAACGCUUCCGAGGUAUAUUUUUAAGACGUGAUGUCCUCCCUAGAGUUAUUGUGAUUGAUAGAGACCUAGCAUUGAUGAAUGCAGUGAAAACUGUAUUUCCUGAGUGUACAAAUUAUUUGUGUAGCUUUCACAUAAACAAGAAUGUGAAGGCCAAAUGUAAAUCAUUAAUUGGUCAAAGAAAUGCUUGGGAGUAUGUCAUGGAUGCCUGGGGAACUCUUGUUGAUUGUCCUUCAGAGCAGCAGUUUGAUGAGUGCCUGAAGAAGUUUGAAAUGGUUUGUUCACCUUGGCCAAUGUUUGUUGACUAUGUCAAGGAAACAUGGAUAAUCACACAAGGAAAAAUUUGUUUCCGCCUGGACGAAUAAGGUGAUGCACUUAGGAAACACAACAACAAACAGGAUUGAACCUGCUCACUGGGCUUUAAAAAGAGUGUUACAGAAUAGCCUUGGAGACUUAUGCAGUGUCUGGGAUGCCAUGAACAACAUGAUGACGCUACAACACACGAAAAUUAAAGCAUCAUUUGAAACAAGUACACAUGUCGUUGGACAUGUCUUCAAAUUAAAGCAUCAAGGUAUGCUUUAAAUCAGAUUGCUGUUGAAUUUGAGCGUGUUCACUAUGCUGGCAAGAAUCCUUCCACUUGUGGUUGUGUCAUGAGAAGCACACUCGGUCUUCCUUGUGCUUGUGAGCUAUCCAAGUAUGUCGUUGGUUGCAUCCCAUUGGAUUCAAUCCAUAUGUUCUGGAGGUGACUCAGUUUUUCAGACCAAGGGUUAUCUGAGCCUGAAGUGAGCAUCAAGGAAAAAAUGGAAACAAUAUCCAAAAGAUUUGAAGAACUUGAUGUUUGUGGUAAGUUUACUCUAAAGACUAAACUUCAGGAAAUUGCAUACCCUGAUCAAAAUUCGAUGUGUCCUCCUCCAGCAAAGGUUAACACAAAAGGUGCAUCGAAGAAACCAAUGAACAGAAACCCAAGGUCAACAAAACACGAUCCAUCUUACUGAGAGUAUGUAGAUGCUUUUGAUUCUAUGCAAAAUAGUAAUUCGCUAGUGAGGCGUAGUGCAUCAUCUUCUGAGAAGCCCAAUCCAAGAAAGAUCAUGCCUAUGUUGGAUCAAUUUCAGCCAUUUAUCCACGACUUCAUUCAUAACAUUGUUGAUGCCAAAACUGAUGGAAACUGUGGAUAUCGGUUGGUUGUCGGUUUAUUAGGUAUGGGUGAAGACUCAUGGUCGUUGGUCUGCACCCAUCUACUUAAAGAACUUGGAAAAUUCUCAAAUGAGUAUAUGAAGCUCUUUGGUGGCAAGGAGAGAUUUGAGGAAUUAAGGAUCUCACUACUUGUUGAUGGGUUAACCAAGGUGACUAAGGAUAAAUGGAUGGAUAUAACCGACGUGAGAUAUGUCAUUGCAUCAAUGUAUAAUGUAAUCCUUGUAUCCUUGUCUCAACAACAAAGCAUGACGUUCUUUCCUCUUAGAAGUCAACCGCUGCCAGAUUCUUCAGUGCAUCGCAUAAUUUGUAUCGGUCAUGUGUAUGACAAUCAUUUUGUUCAGGUUUAUUUAAAAGACUGUUGUCGUUUACCGCUUGUAGCAUUAUUAUGAUCUAGCAAUUGUCAUCCUCAAGCGAAGCAGUGGCCAACUCCAUAUAUUAGUAGAAUGCAACAUUACAAAAGCUUCAUGAUGUUCAAAAGAGACUAUGUUGACAUAAAUGAUGAUUGAACAUGUACCUUUUAACCACUGAUCGUUUUGAAUUUGAAUUUCACAUUAGAGUUAUGUGUCUUUGUAUAUUUGUUCCAUUAACAAAAAAA